GAGACAGAGAGUGUGUGUGUGUGUGAGAGAGAGAGAGAGAGAGAGAGAGAGUGCAAACGCGUGCGCUCCUGAGUGUGUGUGCGCUCCUGAGUGUGUGUGUGUCUCCUGGCCAAGCGUCUCUGCAGCUGCGACUUUUCAAUGGACCUCAUUGUCGCGGUGUCGCGCUCGUAGGCGUGCGGGGAAAAACCUCGCGCGUGCGGGAGAACAGCUCGCGUGCGCUGCGGACUCUCCGCUCCGCUCAUUUGCGGGUUUUUUUUUUGCGGGGCACGUGCCAGCCGUCCGGAGCGCAACGGGUACCUGCUACACUCCUUCUUUGAUUUCUUUUUUUUCGUUAAAUCUUCUCUUUCGAAGAAGCUUUUUUUAAACUCAAACAACAGGAUCUUUGUUUUUGUGUUGUUUUCUUACCUGAACCCGGGUGCACGCGCGGUGCGGGUGAAGGAUUGGCGUUCCUGAUUCAGCUGUGAUCUACAUCCACUUCACCUGUGGUCCGGCUCAUCAAUCAGUCCUGCUCCUCAUCUCCACUGCCUUUCCACCCAGAGAACAAACUCCAGAGCAAACCCCGAGCUGCUGGAUAACUCGUGCCUCACUGUCACCCCACACUGACUUCUUCUCAACGCUUUGAAUUAGUUUUUUCUCCUCCGGCCUACACCAUGAGCAGGAGGAGUCAUCGGGGAUGGUGUGGACUGAUGGUGUUCGGCAUGGUCGUCCUGGUCCAGUGGGCGGGCAACUGCCGGGCCAUGACGCUAAACUCGAUUCCUUUGCAUCCAGAACCAGACGCACCAAUCCGAGUCGAGGAUGAGGACAUGGUUCUCCACAGACACAAGAGGAACUGGGUGUGGAACCAGUUCUUCGUCCUGGAGGAGUACACGGGAGAUGAUCCGCUCUAUGUCGGCAAGCUGCACUCGGAUGUGGAUAAAGGCGAAGGUAGGAUUAAAUAUGUCCUGAACGGAGAAGGUGCCACCACCAUUUUCACUAUCGAUGAGAACACAGGUGACAUCCACGCCACCAAACGCCUGGACCGAGAGGAGCAGGCCUACUACACGCUGCGCGCUCAGGCCCGCGACCGCGCCACCAACCUGCCCGUCGAACCCGAGUCCGAAUUCGUCAUCAAGGUGCAGGACAUCAAUGACAACGAGCCACGCUUUCCAGACGGACCGUACCAAGCACAAGUCCCCGAAAUGUCUCCAGUGGGUACGUCGGUGGUGGAGGUGAAGGCGACAGACGCAGACGAUCCCACAUACGGAAACAGCGCCCGAGUCGUCUACAGCAUCCUUGAAGGCCAGCCGUAUUUCUCAGUGGAACCCAAGACAGGUAUCGUGAGGACGGCGCUGCCCAACAUGGACCGCGAGGCGAGGGAUCAGUACCUGCUCGUCAUCCAGGCUAAAGACAUGGGUGGUCAGAUGGGCGGCCUCUCGGGGACCACCACCGUCACAGUCACGUUAAGCGACGUGAACGACAAUCCUCCACGCUUUUCCCGAAAAUCCUAUCAGUUCAGCGUGCCCGAAUCGUUGCCUGUGGCUUCCGUGGUGGCCAAGAUAAAGGCCUUGGAUGCAGACGUGGGCCCCAACGCGGAGAUGGAGUACAGAAUUAUCGAAGGAGACGGCCUCGGGGUUUUCAGGGUCGAGCCAGACAAAGACACUCAGGAAGGAGUCAUAACUCUGCUGAAGAGUUUGGACUUUGAAACAAAGUCAAGCUACAGUCUGAAAAUUGAAGCGUCCAACAGACACGUGGAUCCUCGGUUCCGGGGCCAGGGGCCGUUCAGCGACAUGGCAACCGUCAGGCUGGUGAUAGAGAAUGUAGAUGAGCCGCCGGUCUUCACUACGCCCGUCAGCAGAAUGGUGGUCUCCGAGGCGGCCAAAGUGGGCACCAUCAUCGGCACGGUUUCUGCCGUGGAUCCCGACUCUACCAACAGCCCCAUCAGGUACUCGAUCGACCGGAACACUGAUCUGGAGCGUUACUUCAACAUCGAGGCUGCGAGCGGCGUCAUCAGCACGGCCAAGCCGUUAGAUCGAGAGAUGAACGCGGUGCACAACAUCACCAUCCUCGCCAUCGAAAGCCUGGAUCCGUCUCAGGUGGGGAAAGGAAUCACGCUCAUCACGGUGAUGGAUGUCAACGAUAACGCUCCCGUCUUCGCCAUAGAGUACGAGACGUUCCUGUGCGAGAGCUCCGGACCAGGCCAGGUGAUCGAGACGGUGAGCGCGGUGGAUAAAGACGAGCCUCCCAGCGGUCAUCGCUUCUUCUUCUCCCUGACUGCCGAAGCUGCCGGGAACCACAACUUCACCCUGCGGGACAACAAAGAUAACACCGGGUCCAUCCUGACUAAGCGCGGAGGAUUUCACAGGCGAGAGCAGCCGCUGUACCGUCUGCCUGUGCUGAUAGUGGACAGCGGGAGUCCGUCUCUCAGCAGCACUAACACUCUGUCCAUCAGGGUGUGUGAGUGCGACUCUGAUGGAGCUCCACAGGCCUGCGGAACUGAGGCCUUCCUCCUGACCGCUGGUCUCAGCACCGGGGCGCUCACAGCCAUCCUGGCCUGCAUCAUGACACUGCUCGUGCUGGUGCUGCUGAUCGUGACGGUGCGAAGGAGAAAGAAGGAGCCGCUCAUUGUGGACGACGAGCGAGACGUGCGCGAGAACAUUGUCCGCUACGACGACGAGGGGGGCGGAGAGGAAGACACCGAGGCCUUCGACAUGGCAGCCCUGCGCCACCUCAACGCCACACGGGAGAGCAAAACGCGCCGCGAUGUGACCCCCGACAUGCCCGCCGUCCCCACGCUGUACCACACCCGCCCCCCGCCGUACAAAAUGGCUCCCGACAACGGCGUUUUCCGUGACUUCAUAUGGGAGCGACUGAAGGAGGCAGACGUGGAUCCUUCUGCUCCGCCCUACGACUCACUCCAGACGUAUGCCUUCGAGGGCAGCGGCUCGGCCGCACAGUCCCUCAGCUCCCUCGAGUCGCUCAGCACCGACUCGGAGCACAACUACGACUUCCUGAGCGACUGGGGGCCGCGCUUCAAAAAGCUGGCCGAUCUCUACGGCCACGCCGAAGCCAGCAACAUCUUCUCCUCUUAGCCAGAGAGGGUCGGUUUCGUCAGCAGAUACAAAAACAAAAAAGGAACAGUCACCGAGUGCCAAUGACUCACCACACCACUCCUCGAAGAGGGAGACAGGAGCGAGACUUUUCAUUCCGACAAAAAAAUGGAUGGUGGGUUUUUUUUAAGUAAAGAACAAACAAAAUUCAAGACAAAAAUGAACAACCAGUGACAGAUGCCGUGAUCUGAAAUGACAUGAUCCCUGAAAAGAGGUGGGAGGAAAGACUUAAAAAAAAAAUGGGACAUUUAUACGUGGGAGAAAAAAAAACGUUGGCAUCGAUUUCCCCACCGAAACGUCGAUAAUCCUCUCCGAGGACAGAUUGUGGAUUCUUACAUUGUGGCACUUGGAUUUAAACCCACAAUCAGACGCCAAGCUCAGACACAGAAAGGAUCUAGCAGGGAUAAAGGGCAGGGGGCGGAGGCGGGCGCCAGAGUCCUUCCUGGAAUUUGUUGUGCAGAGACUAUUUUUCGAGGCAGCGGCGAUGAUGAUGAUUCAGAGUGUUCCUGCCUGCCUGGCGAGCCAGCCAGCAAGCGAGUUCUGUGCUGCGUCGUAACCCGUGUUCUGUGACGGUAUCUCAAUGUUUCUGUUCUCUCACAUAUUUCUAUGACUCACAGUUUCUUCAGCCUCAAAAAAAACCCGAAAAAUCGAUACGAAUUAAGUCGCCGAAAUACUCUCGAAAGACAGACUGCUUCGUGAGGUAAUGCAACUGUCGCUGUGUAAAAUAUGACACCAGGCUUUAGUUUCAUCUGAAGUAAAGCAUCAGUGUUGAUGAAAAACAGCCAAACCACAGAUUUAAAUAUAAAAAAAGGGGGUUUUGAUAUGUACAGUAUCUCUUACUGGAUGGGAUGAGAUCCAAGUGCUCACAGGUGUUCUGUUUGGGGGGGGAUGUUUCUUUUCUGCAGCAGGAACAUGGUGUGAAAUAGAAGGAUUAAACCUAUCCAUCACAUCUCUCUCUCUCUCUCUCUCUCUUGCUUUCUCUCUCACUUUUCAACAAAUGUAUUUGUAGUGUCAGGUUCUGCCUCAUGUACCGUGUACUGUAAGUACGUUCUGGAUGAUUAUUAUUGUGCAAGUCGGGGUUUUUUUUUCUAAUGUUUCGUUUCAUUUUGCUGUAGUUUUUUUUUUUUCUCUUUUUUUCUUUUACCUGCAGAGACCAGGUCGAGCUCGCUGAGCCUCGGUGCCGAAACGGUGUUAAUACAUAAAACUGUCUAUUCUGUCUUUCCGCUUUUUCUCGUUUGCGAUUCGUGAAUGAGCCGAAAAAAAAAAAAAAAAAAAGAAAAUACGUGAUUUGAAACUAUGCUUUGAAAUAUCCUUCAUAUACACCAUAAUUGAAAUAUGGACUUUUUUUGUACAGUCGUAAAGUAAAUAAAAAAUGCACAGCUUCUUUUUAA